AUGGAUGCAGCCAAGGGUGAGAAGCUGCUUUGCGGUCUCUUUGCGGCAGUGCUCGGUGUUGAUGAGCCAGCAGAGGGAUUGGCGGAGGUGUUGGCCAUAUUAUUUCACCGUGGCGUGGAUGAGGUGAUGCGAACCAUCUUGAAUAAACCAUCCUACGCCAAGUUGCGUACCGUCCUCAGCAGCAGGUUGAAUGACGAUAAUGUGGCAGGAGAUUCACUUUUGGAGUGGCUGCGUUUUCGUCCUUGUACUCUGUUCUCCCGUAUGGCGCCGGUGGAGGUCACCUACACGUUGACAGAGAUGGGGUUUGUGCGACCGUUUGUGGCACACUGCACUCUCCUGGGCGUGUCGCUGGCCUUGCAUGGGAGCCAGGCGUCAAGGGGGAUGCUACAGGCGUUAUGCCGCCUAUUCAGCUCUUCAGAUUGGCAUGACGGCGGCGAGGAAUCAACUAAGCAAUUGGCAGUGGAUGCAGAGAAGGCUGUAGCACGCUGCGUCGAGGAUGUGUGGUUGCCGUGUGAGGGGAUGGAACUUCCAGAAGUUCCUGCCAAUAUGGAGGCGAGGCAGCGUCUCACAGAGCGGGCAUACAGAACUGCACGGGAGCGCACGAGCGGGCUCCUCUCUGUGAAGGAGGCGGCGAAGUAUCUCGGUCUUCGUGCCAUCCGUGGACGCCGCGAUUUGUACCACUGUAAACGCUGCCCAGAUGGGCUGUUGGAUCGGACGCCACCGAACGCCGUACUAAAGUGUGGCCGCUGCCACUACAAUGCGGAGUUCGAGCUUCAGACGCACACCGACACGCGUCACGCAUGCGCUCUUCAUCAGUUCUCCGUGGUUUCUGGGCUACUUGACGCUUUCUCCGUCUCCCGUAGUUUCACGACGGCGUUUAUUCCCAGUGCGUGCCGUGAUGUCCUUCAAGUUCUUCGCCAGCUUCGGCACGCACGCAUGUUGCAGGUGUCUGGCGACUUCACUUCCGAUGCGGUAGGGAUCGGGAUCGACGUGUUGCUGUCGGGGCUGCCGGAGACGACGGUGUCGCUCUUGCGCCUACAGUCCGGCGCGACGGACACGACAGCGCUGAAGCGUCUCUUGGCGGUGGAUUCGAGUCGCGUGUGGUCGGCCAUGCUGCGGAGCCAUGUUCGGGAGCAGGUGCUGGACUGGUUCAGGACGGCGGCGGCGGGGGUCUCCACGGUACAGGCGAUGGUAAUGCCUGAGAUGCUGUUGGUGCUGGCGCUGCAGUCCCUCGCGAGGAACUUUGCCGGUGGCGGUGCCUACGCCAAGGACCUCCUCCUCGGUUGCACGCGAAGCCAAGAGACGUCUAUGCUGCGUUUCACCUGCGACGGACUUGUGAAGCUUAUUUACGCCGAGCGGCUGCUGGCGAAUCCCCUCACCCGGGCUUCGCUGGAUGCUUUUAUGGUGGAGUACGCAACCCCCAGCGGGAGCAGUGACUGCAGUGAACGGCGUAGCCGUAGCAGAAGCCUCCGCCGAAGAUGCCGGGAAGCAGAUGACAAUGACAGUAAUGCGUCAGGCUCAUCCACGUCUGUUAGCAUUGCUUCUGUGGCCCGCCGCGCCUGCGCGAGGAAGCGACGGCGACAGUCACCCUCCGCUUCUUAUUCCAGUGCCUCCACCGAGUCCGGCACGUCUUCAUCAUUUAGCUCGUGCUACUCCGACGACGACGAGGAGGAUAAAAACACGAUGUCCAACUUGAAGAGUGAGGCUGAGCGUGCCCGCCAGGAGACGAUAGAGUCUGAGGAGGUGCUGCGUCUGCGGUCAGUGCAGUAUUGGGCGGCGUACUGCGAGGUGUACGGCACCUGCAGCAUCGAGUCGCUGACGGUCAUGGUGGAGGAUGAGGAGAAUGGGAUGAGUAUUCUGCCACCUCCGCCGAACAGCUUCUGGGUAAGUGAGGUGAAGCGGGCAACACGAGAGGGCAUGCUACUGGUCACUGUGGCGGACGAGUUUCUCGCAAAAGUGAUGGCGUUGGCGGCAGCAACGCGUGUGAUCAAGUAA